ACAUAAGAAAAACAAACUAUUUGCAUUAAAAUAGAUUGACGAUGAAAUUAAAAACUUUUCUCGGUUAUUAUGUGAUUGUUCUCCUUUUGUGGAUUUCUGACACGACAAACAGUCAAGUGAACAUUUGUUCCGAGCUAUGUCGGUGUGUAAACGAAUCACAUUUUGUGAAGAUACAUUGCGAGCUUACGCGAUCACAAGAAUAUGUUCUUGAUUCCGAAUUAAGAUAUCCGUCACUAGGCGUUACUCUAAAUAUAACCCUCGGCGACAAGUCUAGACUGUCUCUGAAAACUGGAUUCUUCAGUUCAAACAAUCGAAUAAAUUCCUUGACAAUUCAGGGACUGAAUCAUCAUGACUCGAAGACAUCUAAGAAUCAAGUCUUGUUAUCAAGUCAUUCGCUACUUGGAAUUCGUGGAAAUUUUCCAGAAAUAACUUUCAAAAAUAUCAAUGCAGUCGUGUUGUCUGAGAAGUCAAUGGAUGGAUUGCUAGAAAUAAACUUGAUAGCAGAAAACAUUUGGCAAUUUAUCAUUCAUCGAGAAGUAUUCGGAACGACGUCAUUUAAUGCAUCUUUCUCAGAUAUAGCUGAGCUAAUACUCGAAGAUGGAUUUCUUUCAACAUCAAGCUACAAUCUUACAAAACCGAAGAUGUUCAUAAAUCGUUCAUGGUUAAGAAAUAUUUUUCCAAUGAGAGGAAAGAAAUUAACAGAAUUCAGAAUAGAAAAUUCAGAAAUUGGAUCGAUUAAAACUUCAGCAUUCAAUGUUAUUGAAAUUCCAUCAAUAAUUUUGGAUAAUGUGACCAUUCAAGACAUUGAAAGCGACAUAUUUCGAGAGGGUAUUGCUAUCGAAAACCUGGCUGUGACUAAUUGUAAGAUAGAGAAAAUAGCAACGAAGGCAAUUAACAGCAUUGGAAUAUCAAAAUUUAUGUUUAAAGGAAAUACUGUGAAUUCAAUUGAAGAAUAUUCAAUGGAGUUUGUUGGAAGUAACAUUGAGAUCAGUGACAAUAAGAUCAAUUUAAUGGGAACAAAAUGGUUGAAGUCAAACCAAUGGUACAAAGUCAUCAUAAUUAAUAAUUCAUUCGGAAAUUUUGGUUCAAUAUCGUUAGAGAAUCCUACGAAUAGUCUUGGUGACAUUCAUUGUCGAGUUCAUCACAAUUCAAUCACAAAAAUUGAUGUUGACGGCUUUAAGUCAUUUAAUGAACAUUGUCAAUUCACAGAAAUGAUUUUUAAGGAAGAUUGUUCAUGCAACUUUCAUUUGUGGCUGACGAAACUUUUCGAGACAUCACGAGAAAUUAAGAAACUUCAGAGUGAAGCUUUCUGUUCACUUAGUUUCAACGACACACUAUUGAAGUGUCUUAAACUUGCAGAAACUGUCAAAUACAAUCAGUACUUUGAUGCUAUGUGCAAUAAAAGAAAGUCAAAGAUAAAAUGUGAUAGCAUCAAAAUUGAUAAAAUUGAUGCAAAAUUCAUUUCCGAUAACGAUUUCUAUGAUGCACUUCAAUUGAAAAAUUACAUAAGUUAUGCGAUCAUUGGAGCAAUUGCAAUCAUAUCAGUUACUUGUUUCACCUUCUUUUGUGUAAUAAGAAGGAAGUCAAGAAAUUCAAAUCAUUAUGAUCGUGAAAUCAUUCAAAAUCAAAAUGAUUUAAUUCAUUUGAAUCAAUCUGAAGGACCGCCGUCAUAUGAAGCUUCAUUACGAACUGGGAUGUUCUCGAUUCGCGAUCAAAUGGUCAUUGAUGAUGCAUUAAAAUCGAUGAAGCAAAAACAGCCCAAGGAGAAAUUUGAUAUUGUCAAUGAAAAGACGCAACGUUUACUUCGUCAUGAGUUGAAUGAAUACGAAAAAGUGAAAAUUAUCGGUGACAUUGUUCAAACGAUUGGCGAAUGUGAAAAUUGUGGAGAAGAUUUUGUAGCCUUCACUGACAUUCUUUACAAACAUCUGGCACCUAAUUCAACGACACGUUUAAGAAAUCAAGCACCAAGGGCUGUUGAAUCAUCAUCGUCAGCAUCUGAAAAUAAUCCCUUGAAGAACAACAAUUCUGAACAUAUUUAUGCAGAACCGACAAUUGUGAUGAAUCAACGAACACUCACUCCUUUACUUCAUGUAAACAAAAAUCUUUCAAGUUCGUUACACAACGAGAAUAAUGAAAUUGGAAACUUAUAUUCCGAGCCAGUGACGAAUAAUUCUCACGCAAAAAUAACGCCAUUCAAACCUCAAGUGAUAACUCCAUAUGCCAUAAGUCAAGCUAUUAAUCCAUAUGGUAUUGAUAAUCUUCCUGACGUUGUUAAUAAAUUUGAGCCUGGACCGAGUAAUGAAGGAAAGAAAAAUAUUCCUGAAUAUACCGUCCCAAUAAAAACAAACAAAACACCAGUCAGAGUUACUCCUGAUAACAUUGAAGAUUGGAGUGAUGAAGCAUCGAUGGAGAACUCAACAAGUUCAAAUCAUUCUGGUGGAUCAAAAGCUACAAUCGACAUCGACGAAAUUUUGAAUUUUGAUGAAUACGACGAGGUGAAGUGCGAUUAUCAGUGGGGUGGAACGGUGUGUGAUUGUGAAAACUCAACAGAUUCAUUACGGUUACCAAACUUGCAUGGAAACAUUCGACAAAUUGAAGUUAAACAUUGCCAAACAUUUCUUGUUCCAGCUUUUUCAUUGGAGAAUCUUUUUCAAGUAAAUGGAAUUCGUUUUGAACAUAUUGGACGCUUGGAUUUUGUUGAAAAUUCGUUUGAUAAUUCGAGAGAUCAUCCAGCAAUACGAUUAGAAAUCUUUAACUCAACUGUUCCUGACAUUCCAUCACAUUUCGUCAAAGGAAAUCUUCACGAGCUCAUCAUUCAAGAUUCCGUCAUUACAAAAAUUCAUAUUUUUGCAUUGACUGGAUUGUCAAAUGUUAUUGACAAAAUUAAAUUUACAAAUACACAAAUUGGAGAAAUUGAAACGCAAGCAUUUAAGAAACUUAGUGUGAAUAACGUGGAAUUUAUCAAUGUGACGUUCCAACAUAAUUCAGUGUCGAAAUCCUUUUACGAUUGUCACGCUGAAAAUAUUAUAAUUGAAAAUUCGCAUUUCUCAAUGCUUCAACCAAGCACUUUUGAGUUCAAAGAAGUAAACUUUCUCAGAAUUUACAAUUCAACUUUUGGAGUUUUACAAGGAGAAGCUUUCGUUAUGGACGUUGCUGAUAGAGCAAUUUUUACUGACAACAACAUCACAAUGUUUCAUCCUGGAAGUCUCAAAGCUAUCACAAAGAAUCCAAAAACAUCAACGUUAAGAACCGAAAGUGUUUACUUUGAACUUAAAGGCAACAACAUCGACUUUAUCGAUCCCGAACUUGACGUUAAAUUAUGUCCAAAUAUGAAGCUGCAAGUCAGUAAAUUGUUUGUUAGAGAUCGUUCCGAUUGUCCAACUAUCAAUAAGAUGUACGAAUAUGAAUUCUUCAGUGAACAUUCGAAUGCGAUCUACAUGAGGGUCAACGACGAUUUCGAGCUAAUUUCAUCUUUACAUAAUCAUUGCACUAAAAAUUCAUCAACUUGGAUUGCUUACUUAGUCAUUUCAUUAUUUCUUAUCUUAAUUCUUUUCAUUAUUGUGCUUCUAAUAUUUUGGUGUGUGACGAGAAGAAAGAACGCAUUGAAAGUUAUUAAACCUGACCCCCGCACAUAUCGUCAAACAGAAAUUUUCGUUAAAGUUGAGACGACUGGUCUCAUGAAAACGGAUUUUUAAUACCAAACAUUCAAUAAAAUUAAUUUAUUUAUUUUCCA